CGGACCGCCCCGCUCCGCUUUUAUCGACGGAGGCGGCAGCGCGGGCGGCUCCGUCACCUCCGCGGUAGCGGCCGCAGGUGCGCGCUGUCCGCCGGUCCCGGCAGCUCCGCCUCGGGGGGUUCGGGCUGCGGAGCGCUGCGACGGCCCCACCUGUGGCUGCGGGAUGGAGGAGCUCAGCCCCGCCGCCGUGCUGGGCUUCCUGCGGGAGCGCGGCGGGUGGGCGAGCAACGCGGAGCUGCUGGGCGCCUUCCGGCCGCUGCUGGAGACCGGCGGGGACGCGCCGGAGCGGGCGGAGCGGAGGGAGCGCUUCAAGGAGGCGGUGAACGCCGUGGCGGUGGUGAAGGAGCGGCAAGGCACCAAGUUCGUAGUGCUACGGAGACACCUGCGGCCCGGACCGCCCCCGGAGCAGCGCGAGGAUGGAGGUUCCGAGCCCCCGAGCGAAGGGCGGCUGUCCCCGCCGGCCCCCGAGGAGCUGCCGUCGCCUCGAGCCGUGUCCGAGCUCCGCGGGAUCUUCCAGGCUGGAGGCGGCGGGGUGCCGCUACCUGCCGGCGGGGCCAAUGCCCGCAAGGAGCCGCUCCCCAAGCCCUGCAUGCUGCCGGUGCGCUGCGUGCCGGCCCCGGCUGCCCCCAACUCCGCUACGGCCCCGGGGCCGUCCGAAGAGCCGGAUAGCGCUGUAUCGCCCGUACACGAGGAGGAGGACGGCGGGUGCCACUCGCCCAGUCUGCGCCGGGUCCCCAAGAGUCACCGGACCAGCGAGGAGCUGACAGAGGUGCCGCUGGAGGAGGCUGAGCACCGCUGGCUGCUGAUGGCGGCUGAGGGGCAGUGGUCCCAGCAGCUCCACGGGCUGCUGUUGGGUGAUGCCAGCCUGGCGGCCCGGAGGGAUUUCAUCUCGGGCUUCACCGCCCUGCACUGGGCUGCCAAGAAUGGCAACUGCGACAUGGUGAGGAACAUCAUCGAUGUAGCAGAGAAGGAAGGGGCCCACAUCAACGUGGAUGCCAGGUCGCAUGGUGGCUACACGGCGCUGCACCUCGCGGCCAUGCACGGCCGGGACGCCGUCAUCUCCAUGCUGGUCCGCAGCUACCAUGCCAAGACCGACCUGAGGGACUACAGCGGGAAAAAGCCACACCAAUACUUGAAGGAUGGGACCCCUGUGGCGGUCAGGCGCUUACUGGGGGACCCCACACUCCAACACUCCACAGGACCCACGGUGCCCAUCAAGAAGAGCACCAAGAUCGCCGCAUCCAUCCUGAGCUCCACCAGCACCUUCCUGGGGGUCAUAUCUGAUGACAUGGCUUUCUACGAUCUCACCAAAGGUUUGAGGAAGCCUUCAUCCUUGAACAAGCUGCUGACUGCCACCACAGGCCCCAGGAGGAAGCCGAAAACCAGAGGGGGAUUCCCUUCGUACUGCUCACUCUCCGAGGUGGUGGAGGAGGAGGAACAUGAGGAGGCUGUCGUGAAGCGCAGGCCAGUUUCUGAGCUGUUCUUUGGCCAUUAAGCUCUGCCUUCCUGGGGUCAGAAUCGUUCAGUACUAUGACUGGGGAGCUUGGUUUUUUUUCUCACAGAAGUAAGUUGGACUUCCUCUCCCCAUGUCUUUCUUUCUGGAAGUGUAACUGAAUGGGUGAUGGGGUUCUGGCUCUACAGGUUGCUGGAUGAAGCCCAGCUCUCAGAAGCCUGAGGAGAGGGAGCUGCCCUACAAACACUGCAGUGCCAUAGGUACCAGCACACCCAUGAAGGCCACAAACAUUGCACUUAAUGGCUGAAAAGUUGGAAUAACCUCUCUGUGUCAGGCAGGCUAUAAAUGCUGCAGGCACAGCUUCUUGUUCUGUGUUCCUCAGCUGAAGAGCUGCAUGUUUUACACUGUGAACAGCAGGCUGGUAGCUGGCUGCUUUAACGUGGCUUGUUCUACAGCAGGCUGAAAUCAUUAGGAGAAAGAUGCAUAGUUUUCUAUGAUGAUUCUGCUUGUUUUGGUAACAGAAGAGGAAUAUUUCUAUUUUAAAAUUGUGCAUUUAGUUUUUUCAGAGCGGAACUUCUCACUGUCAGAAAUACUGACAUGCCUUUAUUGUUGCCUUUUCCUUGAUGAGGUUAAAAGGGAAACAAAGCCCCACCCCAACCCUUGUUGCUCUCUCUCCGUGAUCUGUCUACCUCAGUUGGAAGCUCGGUUUGCAUUUCUCCUUGUGUUCCCUUCCCAAAGGACUUUGCCCAGGUGGUGCCGACCAUGCCUCGAUACCGUGAGCAUUUGGCUGUGGUUCAAUCACUUCACAUGUCAAUGACCACCUGAAUGAACACGUUUUAUAUGGGAUGGUAUAACAGAGUGAAGUGAGAAAGUAGGAAUCGGAUCCUGCAGGGUAUCUGAGGCUGCUACAGCAGAUUCUGUUAUUUAAAGUCUUUGGUUCUGAGCUAUUUGGAAACAAUAUUUAUUUGAAAAAGCAGGGUUUGUUCUGUUGGGUGUUUCAUGGCAGAAUUUGUGCAUGGCCUCUGAAAAGCAGCGUGUAUCUCAGCAGCAUGAGUUGUUGAUCUAACACUUUGUUUUUUCUUCUGUAUGAUAGACAUAAUUGCUUCUCUGAAGUAGAGCUGUAUGCAUUACUUGCAGCUGGCCGUGCUGUUUGGAGUUACAUUUGCAGUGAGAUUAUCGUCUUUAAAAUUACUCAUUUAAAGCUGCCUUGAAAUGAAGAGGCAGAGCUCAGAGCAGUAGCUGCCUGCUGUGCUUCUGUGCUCACAACGCAACCGCAGAGCUGUGUGAUCAGAGGUGACAGCAGCUCUGCGCCUGCUCUGCUCUCAGCCCCAGUCAGGUGUUUUGGUUUCCUUGCAACACUUGUUUGCAUGCCUUGCCUUUCUUUCCAAGCCAGCAACUUCAGGAAUGUGUUUUUCAGCCUUGGAUUAAGCCCAGUGCUGUAGCACCAUGUUGAAGGUGACACCAUCUCCUUGGUGCCCCUGCCCUCAUGUGGUGCUGCCUCCAAGAGGGGCUGAGCUGCUGCUCUCACAGACAGGGAUGCCUUUUUUUUGUUGCUCUGCUUUUGUGUGGAACUAACGAACUCAUUAAGAGAAUGUUAAUGAUCAAGCACCUUGUGACAUACAUCUGAAGAUGAGUAAAAACAAUAAUAAUGAUCCUGUUUGCUCAAUAUCUGUUGGUGUGACUGCUGAUCAGCUUGGUCAUUUGAAGCCUUGUUUUGUGCUUCAGCAUCAUUGGCUUUUGGGGCUGCAGGAAAAUGUCAGUCACUCCAUUUUAGUGACAUUAAACACUUCUUUUGCUGUAGCUCUCGAAACCACA